AUGGGAAAUUUGCCAAAAUUCCGUUUACAGCAAGUAAAGCCAUUCACCGCAGUCGGGGUCGACUACGCUGGUCCAAUCCUGUUAAAACCGUCAACAACACGCAUAACUGUACCAUGCCAGGCAUACAUAUGCCUCUUCGUCUGCAUGUCAACAAAGGCGCUACAUCUUGAACUCGCCUCAGACUUGUCCACUGAGACUUUUCUGAUGGCUUUUAGUCGUUUUAUUUCACGCCGAGGCCCAAUCCAAAAGAUGCACAGUGACUGUGGAACCAACUUUGUAGGUGCCUCCAAGUUGUUUGAAACAGUUGAUAAAUUCACGCAAUCCACUGAACACCAGGAAAAGUGUAGGAGUUUUCUGACAGCGCGGAACAUCUGCUGGCACUUCAAUCCACCAUCCACACCUCACUUCGGAGGUCUUUGGGAGGCUGGAGUGAAGUCAACAAAAACAUUGAUUCACAGAACUAUCGGUCUCCAUCGACUCAAGUACGAAGAACUCAGUACCAUUUUAACUCGGAUCGAAGCCACACUAAAUUCACGGCCGUUGAGUGCACUCAGUCCUGAUCCAUUGGACUUCGAUGCACUGACGCCCAGUCAUUUCCUUACACUGAUGCCCAGCACUGCAAACGUCGAUCCGAGCUUGGAUAACAUACCAACGUCACAUUAUAAACGCUGGAAACUAAUUUUGGAGCUACACAACUACUUUUGGAAACGUUGGAAAAACGAAUAUCUACAGACUCUCGGGUUUCGGGUUUCUGUCACAGAACACGGCACCGGUAACUCACCAGUCCGUCACAGAACACGAGACCGGCUGAAAUAA